CAUUGCGCAAACAUCUCUCAACAUUGCCAUACAUUGUUGAACAUUGUAGAACAGUAUCGAGCAUCAUAAAACCUAAGUGAAACAUUGCUCAAACAUCACUAAACAUUGCCAUACAUUGUUUGAACAUUGUAAAACAGUAUCGAGCAUCAUAAAUCCUAAGUGAAACAUUGCUCAGACAUCACUAAACAUUGCCAUACAUUGUUGAACAUUGUAAAACAGUAUCGAGCAUCAUAAAACCUAAGUGAAACAUUGCAAAACGCUGUUCAAACACUAUCAAACAUUAUUCGUGAGUUAUGAAAUAUUGAUACAUUAUGAAACAUUGAAACAGUAUAAAACAUCAUGAAAGGAGGUAAAAAUUGGGGUCCCAGGGAUGGCGGUACAGUGGUUGGGGCCCCGGGUGAGAGGUGGAAAGCGAGAAGAAAGGUAAGAGGAACCCGUUGAUCCCUUCCAUGGGUCUUCGGGAGAAGAAGACUCGGGAGGAGAUCGGUUAGCUCCCAGUGCAUCGGCUGCUUCAGGCUGGCCGGAACGUUCGGUGUCGAACAGCUCGUCGAGACUAAUGCAACGUGCAACAACAUGCCGAUCAGCCUGCGUACUUUGUGUCUCGUGACGCUGGUCUUGUGUAACAUACCCGACAGUCUUGAACAUGAAAUUCCAAGGAGGAGCUUCCUGUCACGAAGAGCCAUCGAUGGAACCAGAGGAAGGAAGUACUUCGAUCCGGAAGAAGAGGGAGCCUUUGACAGUUAUGGAUCUGCCGGUGGCCAGUACGAUCCUUACGAAGAGAAAACAGAUCUGUCGGACAUUAGAAGGAACGUGCCAGGAGAGCCAGGCGUUGAUUACCCAGCGUACACGACGCUGCCGCAGACGGGAUUCACGUGCGAGGGACGUUCACGAGGUUACUACGCGGACGAGGUGGCAGGAUGUCAAGUAUUCCACGUGUGCCACGACGUGCUGGUGUCCUCCUUCCUGUGCCCCAUAGGGUCCAUCUUCAGCCAGAAGCUUCUGACCUGCGACUGGUGGACCAAGGUGGACUGUUCCUCCAGCGAGAAAUACAUCGACGUCAACCGCAACAGUUACCAGCAAGACGACGACGAGAUGAUACGCAACGCCUACGCGAUGAUCAGCCUUCAAUCUGGAACGGACGUGACCAAGGACGGUCUCGUUGAUCCAGAUCGAACCGGCAGCGUUGUGGACUACCAGCGAGGUCCAGGUAGAAACCUGGACUACUCCUCCGUCGAUCCCACGGGUAACGACUUGAGAAGCAACUACGAGGACUAUUCAGGUGCUGUCAGUCGCAACUUCCUGCCACCUUAUCGACCGAAGGACAGAAAGCUGGAGACCAGCCGAAGCUAUCAGGAGAGGUUCUACUCUUCGGAGAAGUCGAAAUCUCCUUACGAAGAUUCGCCAAUCAUCCGCGUGCAGAACAUCAAGGGUCCCGACUACGGGGACCAGAACAGGGACUUCCAGGGGAGCUAUCAGAGACCAAACGAGUUCACAAACCAGUUUCAACCGUCUUACGCGCCCACUGUGCCCACGGUCACCACCACAACCAGGAGGUUCUACUCUCCGACUGUGCCGACGACCUUCAGACCGUCGACCUUGGCGUACAACAAGCUGGACCAGGUGAUAGACAGCUCGGAUUAUUACUUCUCGCACAGUAGAACCAAAGGUUUCGUCACUCCACCGACGAGGAGUUUCGAAAACAAGGACAGACAGAGUCCGAGAAGGAGCAACGACAAACAGGAGGAUGUCCCACGAAAAGAUUACGGUCAGCAGGACAGCUACGAGGACGAUUACGAAAAUAGCGAAGAGGAGAGACAGGCUCCAUCCGGAGAACGGUUCCAGGUAAGAGUAGCCGAGGACUACAGAGUGAACCGAACUGGGCUGCUAUUUGAUCAGGUUUAUCGAGGAUUUCGGACCAGAGACGAAGACGAGAUUCUGGACGAUAUCGAGACUAGGGGUAGCAUUGGUCUAGGUCAUGCUUUAAGCAACUCCUUCAGAGGAAUCUCGGUGCAACAACAGAAUCCUGUGAACAGCGGGGUUAAAGAUGAGGGAAAGUAUACUCUGUCCAGAACAGAGCCUACGGUGUUCGAUAACGAAGAGAGGGAAGAAACAACUGAACAAUACCAAAGAAACGAUCAAAGAGACCAAGGAAUUGCGGAGCAUCGAGAAGAGGAUUUUGUACCGUCUACCACCCCUUCGGUCAUAGAGAGCACCAUAAAGGCGACCACAAACCUGCACGAAUUAAAUACCUCGGGCAUAUCGAUCGAUUCGAAUUAUAGCGAUGCAGAUCAGAAACAUUCUAUCGACAGGGUGGAUAAGUUUCUGAGACCCCCUGAAGAGCCUCGCAGCAAAUUUCAGAUAAAUGUGCCGGAUCUGACCGAAGUGUCCACUCUGCUGAUUCGAUAUUCGAGCGUGGAUGAUGGUCCAAGAACGGGAACAGAAUCACCCAGGUUCCAGGACACUUACCCUGAUGACUAUGUGGAUUCAACUGCGAACGAUGAAGCUGUGACGGAACAAAACUAUCCGUCUACCGAGGAUAGACAUUCUUCGGGUGAAUUGAAGACUACGGUUCCUUACAGAGACGUUUCUUCAGUGGUGAACUACAGUGAGAGUGACUUCGAAGGACUACUGCUAAAUCGGUACCAAUCAGACCUGAUUCAAGUAUCCAACAAGUCCGAGGUUGAAAGUAAUUCCAACAGCGGACGUCAGUCUCUUCAAAAUUUUACGGCUUGCUCCAGUCCAGGUGAAAGUUCUUGCGAGAAAAAUACUCAGGGUCAAAUAAACUCGAGUUCUCCAAGAAGCACGACAGACAGAUUUGCUGAAACCCUGACACCACGAUCCAACGAAGAGAUCAGAACAUCUGCAGUCACACAAUCACCGAUAAUUGAUUCAACCUCGGAGCCUGUUCACAGGAGCACAGAAGAUGAAACUUCGACGACUCUGAUCAAAAGCAUCAGACCGGAGACUCUAAAGCAAAUCGAGGAAAGUAUCGAAAAGAAUAAUUCGCCUUAUCACGUAACGUUGACUGUGAACAAAGGCGAAGAGUUGGCACCAACUGGUGAUUUCAUUGGCAAACUUAUUGCUCAACAAGGAAAGGAAAGCUCAACCGUAAAUGACAAGCUCCAUCAACUGGAGAUAAUCAAGUCUGUUGAACCAGAAAUCGUUACAGACCCACCAGUCACCACAGCGAACAUCGUAAACGCUGAUCAGUCUAACACUGAGAGCUUCUCCAAGGUUGAACAGAACCCUUCGAGGAAUAAAAACUUCAAUACGGUCAGUCUACUUCAAUUAAUGUCCGAGUUGCUGAAAUUGGACCGUGCUCCUCGUCCUUUCGCCCUGCCUGGAGCACAUAAUUUAGUUCCGAGGACUCAACCAGAAAUUCCUAGCACUUCAACGUCUAAGACCAUCGCCAAAGAGAUAAAUCAGGAUAUACAGGAAGUUACAGAGAAGUUUCAAGAAAAUUCCACAGAUACUAGACCGGACAUCAGGGAUCAAUUCAGGGAGAAUUUUAGUGGACCUCUGCUGAAGAAUGAUGGACAAUUUUCUCAAGGGGACAGACCUGGAGAUUUUCAGAAGGAGAAGGGUUUUGGGACCACUGUGGCUGAUGCUCCAGUCAAGGAUCACAUCAAGGAACAAUUAUCUCUGACGGACCAAGGACUCGAACUUCCUCGAAAGGAUACAAUAAUUCAUUUUCAGAAGGAUUCGAACAAAGAUCAGGAAUCCAAUUUCAGGACAACCGUGUCCGAUCUGAAGGACCGCAUCAAGGACCAAUUAUCUCAGAAUUUUGGUGAACCACUGCUGAAGACGGACCACCUUUCUCAGAAAGAUACGAUAACCCCUUUGGAUCACUUGCCCACAAACAAGGAUAACCAAGAGUCCACAAAUCCCAGGACAACUAUCGGUAGCAGUGUUUCAACAUCCAGGUCGAGUACGAUAAUUACAACGACGCCGCAAACCUCCACCACAGAUGGGAAGACAGUGGUAAAAACAGAGUUCGUACCAUCGAUUGGAUUCUCUUUCGAUACCGACGAGGGUAGAGAGGAAUACGUGGAGGCUGUUCUAGGUGGACUGAUAGAACCCGAAGCCGCCGAAAGCGAGAAAAAGGAGAGCGUCCUUUCAAAGACCCAGGAAACUUCGUCGAAGAAGAAUGAGACUCUGAAAGACGCGUAGAGACGAUUUCUAAAGAAUGGCCAGUGAAGAACUUAGUUGUAGAAAGAAAUCUGUGAUGUCCUGCUGUUUCGUCCUUUUUCUUGUAAUUAGAAGACGAGUGGAUGACGAGAUAACGGCAGAUAUGAUCAAUGAAGGAGUAAUUGUUUAACUUUGGUUACCAUUUACGUUGUAAGAGAAGGGUCGAUGUAAUUAUUAUAUCGUAGAAUAGAUUGUACGCUACUGGAGAUUAUUUUAUUCUUUCUAUUCAGGAGAUUUGUAAUUAAUAUGAUUAACUGUAGAGUGUGAACACUUCGUGAUAGAUAUGUGGGAUACACACGUACGGAAUUAUAAUAAAAUUAACUACUGUUUUAGAGAAAUAAAAUAGAGCUUGAUUAUCGCAUAUACCAAGGAACAGAUUUUGAUACACGGUAAAAAUUAUGCGAAUAUAUGGAUAUAUUGUGUAUUAAUAGUGUAUGUAUGUUUAGUUAUAUGUUUUAAUAAAUAUGUAUAUUCCUUUUCAAAUUACAGCCUUCUUUUCCCUAUUUCUCCAUCUUACACUUUCCAAUCUCUCAGACUAUCGAUAUUCUAAAAUUUCUUUCCAACAUUCUUUCCAAACCCCUCAAUCUUGUUUACUUGCCAUGGCAACAUCGAUAUACCAGGUCUCGUAUUUCGCAGUCAAGUUUAAUCGAUUCUCAAAGCUAGGUGGUAGGUUAAAGAAUCUUGCUGAAACAUUUUAAUUUGGAAAGACCAUUUGCUUGAAGAUCAAAUAAUUAAAAAAUGUUUAAUAUUACGUGUUAGUUAAACUUCGUGUCAGAUUAAGUAAAGCAGAGAUAAUUUUAAGGCGAAAAUGAGUGAAUCAGAAGGCGAAGAAAAAAGUGUUACCGAACUCGAUGAAGAUGAUGAUGAUGAUCUCAGUGACUUGACAAUUCACAGUAGACAUUCUGUGCUGCACAUGGACUAUAGGUACAAACUGACGAUUUUAAUUAAUACAUUCUGGGCUACAGUAAUAAAUUCAU